AUGUCGCUUAUAACAAUGCCCAUAAAUGACAAUGGAAAUAAACAACCAGGGUCUCAACCUUUAGAAAAGGAUGAUCAAUAAUUGAUAAAAAGACAAUACAAAAUGAUAUCAAAGGAAAAAAAGAAAUAGUUGAUUCAAACUGUUCUUCAGUAGAAAUGCAAAAUUAAAAGAGUACUCUAUAUUAUAAUACCUCCUUUAGAUUGCCAAGGAUCUUAAGAUCAAUUAUGCUACUGCUAAAACUAUCCUACAUAAUUACAGAAAAAAAAAUAUUUAAUUUGAACAAAAUGAACAGUUUAAACAAGCAUCCUACUCAAAUAUAAAAAAAUUCUCUAAAUUGAAUCUCAAAAUCGUACUUGAUGAUAAAGUGGUAAAAGAAUAAGAAUACCUCAUUACAACACUUUGA